AUGGCGGCAUACGAGAAGCAGGCGAUCGAGAAUCGCUACAACGCGAUCGAAUCGUCGCUGCCGGCUCCCAAUCUCCAAAACGCCGCCAAUGAGGGCAAGCGUCAGCGCAAGCCCACUCCUCUCCAUCGUUGGGUCGCCGUCGGACUCUUCCUGGUGACCUACUUUUGGCUGAACUCGCCCGCUGGCUCCGAUGCUCUUGGUCGCCUCUCGCACCGCUUCCGCCAGCCUUGCCAACACUCUGCGCCCCACUUUGGCGCGGGUCUGAAGCCAGAGAACGAGACCGACUUUUCCCAGGCUGCACGAGGCGAAGUCGUCUGGUUCGACUGCAACGAUGACAAGCGCUACCCCGCUCCUCUCCAGUGUGGCCGCAUGAAGGCCCCGCUCGACUGGACCAACGCCGACGAUGACAGCCGCAACGCCUCGAUCGCCGUCAUCUUCUACCCGGCCGGUGCUGGCGCCACCCCCAAGGACCAGGUGCUGGGCUCGCUGCUCACCAACCCCGGUGGUCCCGGAGGCUCGGGCUUCGAGUUUCUCGCGCGCAAGAACGCCGCCAAGAACAACGAGCUGCUCGCCGCCAACUUUGACACGGUCAUGCAGGGCAGGUACAACCUUGUCUCGUUUGACCCGCGUGGUGUUGGUCGCACCUUCCCGCGCAUGGACUGCUGGAACAACACCGAGAAGAGCUUUGUGCACCGCAUCGAGAGCGGCUCGUUCGGCGCGCUCUACUCGCAUCCGGGUGCGCUCGACAGCGAGGUCGGCUCCGAGAUCGCCAGCACCCAGCUGCUGAGCGAGCUGUGCAGCGCCGAUCCGUUUGUCUCGGAGCAGGGCAAGUACGUCGGCACCACCGCCGUCGCGCGCGACAUGCAGCUCCUCCACCGCUUCUUUGGCGACGAAAAGAUCAACUACUGGGGCUUCAGCUACGGCACUGUGCUCGGCUCCACGUUUGCCGACAUGUUCCCCGACGACGUCAACCGUCUCAUCAUCGACGGCGUCGUCGACGUGCCCAACUACUACCAGGGCCUGUGGAGCACUAACCUCAAGGACACCGACGGCGGCUGGGACGGCUUCUUCAAGGAAUGCGUCAAGGCAGGCCCCAAGGCGUGCGCCCUCGCUUCGCAGGCUAGCAGCGCCAAGAAGCUGCAGCACAAGUUCGACGAGCUGCUCGAGCACCUCAAGUACCACCCCAUGCCCGUCGUCACUGCCGAGGUGCCGCAGCUGCUGACGUUCAGCAUGGUGCUCGAGACGGUCUUUACGUCGCUCUACAAGCCCGCCGGCUGGCCCAAGCUGGCCGACAUGCUCAACGACGUCAUGAACGGCGACGGCACCGCCUUUGUCAAUGCCUACGGCGACACGACGUACCACAUCCCCAUCGUGCCCGAGUCGGAAGAGGCCAACGCGGCCAUCGCGUGCGGCGACGGCCUGCACGACCCGCGCGACAAGCCGUGGGGUAUCGAGCGUGCCAAGAAGCACAUCCGCGUGCUCGAGGAAGACUCGCCGCUGUUCGGCCAGUUUUUCGCAGACCAGGGCAUCAAGUGCCUGGGAUCGUGGAAGAUCCGCUCCAACGAGCGACACCGUGGCCACUUUGACAGCAACACCUCGUUCCCCAUCCUGACGCUCGGCAACGACUUUGACCCCGUCACGCCCGGUCGCUUCGCCGACAUGAUGGCGCACAGGUUCGGCUCGGCGGUGUCGGUGCGCCGCGCCGGAUACGGACACUGCAGCAUGUCGCAACCGUCCAAGUGCAUGGACAAGAUCAUCGGCGCCUACUUUGUCAAUGGCACCGUGCCCCACAAGGGCACCAAGUGCGGCGUCGACAGCUCGCCCUUCCCCGCGCCCAAGAACGAGUCGCUCAACCUGCUCUCUGCGCAGGACAAGCGCGAGGCAGACGUGAGCCAGGCCAUGGCCGCCAUCAGCGAGGCGGUGGCCGAGUACAACAUGCGUCGUCUGUAG